UGAGGGUGCAAUAUGCUGAAAUCACUGCCAUUUCCUGGUUAAAACAGGUUAUGUAGAUAAUCAUAGUACCAUCUAAACUGCUGAAAUGUAUUCAAUAAACACAAAUAUUGUAUUUUCAGCAGUUUAAUGGUAAUGAACGCAUAGAAAUGGUUUGUUGGGAAUCUAUUUAGAGGCGUAGUUUGUUUUUGGGAUAAACACCAAAUGAACUGUGGUAAACACAGGCUUAGGUCUUGUGUUCUGAGUAGCAUCAGUAAACAUUACGUAGUGAGCACAAAGGUGAAGGUAACCGGCUGCCAUCUCAGACAAGUAUAAGAUCUGAGACUUACCUCGGGCCUUAUGUUCAACUAUUCCAAAAGGUUUGUAAUUUCAUCCCAUGGGGAUACCUGGACGACCCCGAGUUACCUCGUUUCGGGCGAGCAGUCUAGUGACAGAUUUAAAUCAAAUUUUAUUUGUCACAUGGUUAGCAAAUGUUACUGCGAGUGCAGCGAAAUGCUUGUGCUUCUGGUUCCGACAAUGCCGUAAUAACCAACAAAGAUUUAUAAAAAAACUAUGUGCAUUUGGUCGGGUCUUCCAAAAACGUACAUGGUUGCUUUACAGCUGUCAUUCUGAAAUGUUAAGAGGUAAGUGAGACUCGGCAGUGUAACUUCCCUUUGAAUGAUGUUGCCACAGCAUAGUUAAAUGGCUGUACCAAAGCUGGUGGAUGAAGAUCUUACUCAAGCCGUUAACAUUGACGAAAAAUGGCCACAGUUCCGGGGGAGUGGGUGCCUCCUAUAGACACAAAUGCGACAUCUGGGUGGUCUGCUUAGUUCAUUGACUAACGUUAAAUGAACCAACAAAUAUUUGCGAGAUGGAUGUCUUGCUUCCUCUUCCGUAAUCUCUGGUACCGGUAGGAAUUCGUGUCCGCCAAGCCGGGUAAACGUCACUUCUCCGAGAAGAGCAAAAUACGGAUGCCGAACAGAACCGAAUGGAAUAACAAAACAGGUGAAAAGGCGGGAAGGCAUGUUUGUGUGGAUAUGGAAACGAAACUCGUUAAAAUUUACAACGGGUCUCUACUGUAUUAUAUUUCUCUAUCAUGUUUUUAGUCCCGGAAUCUCCCCGUGCAAGCAUGGUUAGCUAACGUCAGUGAGGCUGCUACUACUAGCUAGCUAGCAUAACGAAAUCAGCUAUUUCCCAACUGUUUUAAAACUACGUUACUUGCUAGAUACCUAAAGCUAUGUUGUGUUUAUUAAUUAUGCAUAUCAGUAGUGUUGCAGAUUGCAGUCAUCCAGCUAGCUCCUUGCUGUAAAAGCGAAAUUGUGAUUUCUUUUGAGAAAGCUAAUCGAGGACAGAGCAGAAGGCCAAGUUGGCUUUCUGUGCCUAGCGUGUCCUCGUUCCAACCAAUCACGGCGUAGCUUGCUGUCUAGCCACCUAACUUUCGCGCGAUCUGCAGAUUUCCAAUGGAACGCCACGCGCCUUGGAAUAAAUAGCCUACAUUCAAGAUACAGAUCUCAGUAGGCCUAAGCAAUAACAUUGGAAUUGUAAACUAGCCAGAUAACUUUUGUUGUAUCCUUAUGGCAUUGCUGGAAAAGCAAAUAACCUCUGAAAUGCCGCAUCUUUUAAUUGCCAUGUAUCACUACUUCAGUAGUUGGUCCAGAAUCAGGUUGCCCUUGGAGAUGGGAGACUGAUCUGACAUAAUGUGAUUGGCCAGUCUGAGACUGAAGCUUCCCUGACUCCUCCCCAGCGAAUGUAGAACACCAAAUGCCUGCUGACGAGCAGUCUGGCCCCUCUGCUCAAGAUGCAGAGCAGGGUCAGACAGAUCCACAGAAGGAGAUGGACACUGUUCGCAGGGGGGAGAGGGAGGAGGAGCAGCCCGGGCCAUCCAGAGUUCCUCCCCCCAGACAGGGCUACUGCAGCUGCUGCCAGAUACUCUACAACAACGUGGAGCAGCACAUCCUAAGCCCCAGACACAGGGAGGUGGUUCAUAGUACUCGCACCUACGUCCCCUCUGGAAGCCUGAUGGAGAGAUUCCUAUCGGACGUAAUCCAGCAUCACCCGCACCUCUACAACGACCCUCGCCCCACCCACGCUGACCUGCCAUCUCCGAGCAGCCCGCUGGUUCCCAGGGAGGAGCUAUUGGAUCUCUGCGCCAGCGACGAUGACGGGGCGUCGUUCGGAACCCGAGAGCACAUGCCCAGCUCUGACGACUCUUCCUGUCAGCUUGUUUACAUACAGGAAGCGGAUGUUGCCUCAGAAACAAGGACCAGCCAACCAGAAGAAGGUAGAGGGGGAAAGGCGGAGUCAGAGAGGUUAACCCCAAUUGCUCCAGACCAGGAUAUAAGACCAAGUUCUGGGGAAGGGACUCACUCACACACACCUUCCCCUGACUACUUACCAACACACCCCACAAGACCUUGUAGCCAGAAGCAAACCCCUCCUCCGGUCCACCGGAAAGCACACAGGAAGACCAACCGGCGGAGAGAGAGAGGGAGCAACUCCUCCUCUUCCUCCAUCCAUCCUCCCCGCUCCCCCGCCUCUGCUACCCCAACAGACCAGAGAACCCAGGAAACACCAGAGAACCAGCCUCCCUACAAGCCAAGGGACCGGACCACAGACCCCAAGCCCCGGACGGUAAACACUGGCUGGGCCGCGUGGGCGGGGGUGCCCCCCUGGAGGCGGAGGGAGACCCAGAAGGAGCUGGCGUUCUCCGGUGACCACUCCGACCCUGAGGGGGACACAAUAGAGGAGGUGAUCCAGAGACACUGCUACGGCCGCAGUCCCACACAACACCACCAGAGGGACCACAACAUAUGGACAGGGGGGGAGAGAGGGGAGGCAAGGGGGGAUACGGACAGCUUCCACCUUAGCCUCCCUGGCUCACUGGGAGUGAGUUCGGGGUCGGAGGACUGGGAUAGCCCUGUGCAGGUGGCUAUCGGGAGGGGGCAGGAGCGGAGGAAGGACAUCCCUGUGGUAGUGGGCUUAAGGCAGGGUGGAGGGGAGUGGGAGGGCAGGGCCCUGGCCUGUCUCAUGGAGGUACAGGUGAACAUGGAGGACCAGAUGUACACCAGCCAGCUGGAUUCUGCCCUCAACCCUGAGACUAGGACAGCGGGGGAGACAGAGGGAGAAAUGGAACGAACAGUGGAGGAGAUUCUCCCUGCACUCCCCCACAUCCCCGUGUCCUUCCUGGGGAAGACGUGGACCCAGGUGCUGCUGGAGGACGAGCAGAAGGUGGAGAACAUGGUCCGAGAGUUCCGACAAGGAAGAUUCCUCUGCUACUUCAAAAGCGAAUCCCUCGCCAGGCACGGGAAGCGGAGCAGCAGAGAUAUGGGGCGUGGCCAGAAGGAGGGGAUGGAAGACGGGGGGUGGGUUCCCCUUGGUGACCAUGACAAUGAAGAUGACAACCCAGAAUGCCACAUGAGGGGGAGGGAGGUGCUUAGGCGGAGGAAAGUUGGUAGGAGUUAUCGCCUGGCGUCCAGGUGUCAGGUGGUCAAAGUGAGUCACGGGACACAGACUACAGCAGCCAUCAUCCCCACUAUCCGACAGAGAACACUGGACCAGACAGGCACAUCCCCGGACAUCCUAACGCUGCCCUGUCAGGACCCCGGCGUUGACCAGGAGAAGACCCCAGAGAUGAAGACAAGGCUGUGCUCUCUCCGCCUGCCUGUCUCCUACUCCCGCAUCAUGACCCCCCUGCAGCCCCAAACCACUCUGAUCUAUGUCCUCUCCUCCCCCGAAACCCCUCCCUUUGACCCCAAGCCCCGCCUCAGACCCAUCGCCAGGGGCAACCGCGGCAGGAAAAGGUCAUGUGACGGGUGUGAAGGCAACGUGGGGGCCAAGGUCAAAUACAAAAGGGUUCCUUUGAGGUACUAUGACCCUGCCACCCACCGCAUUCUGAAGACCCCCCCCAAGGGCUUGAACCUCACCCCCUCCUCCUCUGGCCUCCCCAGACCCCCCCAGUCCCACGUGGUCAGACAACUGUUCAGGAGCCUGAGUCCAGACAUCAAUUCAGAGAGACAGGGGGGAGAGGGAGGGAGAGAUGGGUCGGGGGGUAGGAGGAGGGGUCGCAGCGGGGACAGUGUGGCGUCAGGGUCACUCUUAGAGGCAGGGGGGUCAUUUGGGGCUGGAACGUCGGGAACGUCGGCGGCAGGGUCAUCUGUGACUACGCCCUUCAGCCGCUCCUCUCUGUCCAAUAGCAGCCGAUUUCUACUGAGCACGCUCUCUCCCGACACAAACUCUAACCCAGAAGUGGCCCGGCAGCGGAGGCGGAGAGGAGGAGGACGGGAACGGAAGUUAAAGACGGACCGACCUCUAACCCCUGAGAAAGACCCCUCUUCUCCGUACAGGCCUUGGACAAGAGGGGGUAGGGGAGAACGGCAACCAGCAAGACGCAGCUCAAAAAGGGGGCGACCACCUCAAAUCAGCCCUCCACCUAAACCUCCACCACCCCAGGACCUCUCUCCCACAGUCGACCCCAGGAAAGGGCCCUCGCGACGGGUUGCAGAGAGUAAGAAACUCCCAAGGCCCAAAAGCCCAGCCAGGGGGGUCACUUCGACCCCUCUGAAACAGGCCAUCAGAACACCAAGCCGCCGGUCGUCCCCCCGACAAACCCCUGCUCCACUGCCCACCCGGACACUGAGGAGGAGAGUGAGGAGAUGACGGGAUGCAUCUCAACAGUCUACAGCGGCUUCCUUUCCUUGUCUCCUUUCCUCCAGCCGCACUGACAUGAAAUAAGAUGGCCGUGUUUAGCAGGGUGAAUGUUCAUAAUGUAGCAGAUACAAAUGUCACUACUUCACAUGAUAAGAGCUAUGUCUGCGCCACUUCAUUACAAUUCUACCUGAAACGUUGACUGUUUCCACAUUGCUUUCCCCUGUCCUGCUUUCAGUGCAGAUGAAGGAGAGGAGACAAGGAGCAUCUAUUGAGAUGUACCCUGGCUCUCUGAAGAGAUGGGGUGAGAAAGAAUGUGGAGGAGAGAUUGCCUCUUCCUCUCCUCUGCUUCCCAUCCUUCUCUCAUACGGUCAUGUUUUGCACAGAAACCAGCAGCAGAAUAGUUAGCAGGAUGUUUUUCAAGCUGUCUGUAUUGACAUGGUGGUUGUUGGGUUCUCAGUUUUAUUUUUUACAAUCAGGAUAUUUUUUUACGUUUAUAAGGACUUUGUCAAAAGCUUGUUUAUUUAAUAAAUAAUGCACAUGAAUUAAAA